AUGGGAGGCGGUCAGCCUAAGAACGACUUUCGCGAGGAUGAUGUCCUGUCACUGGACGAGGAUGCUGUCCCACCAUACGCUGAGGAGUUCUGUGCAUUCAUCGACGAAUGCGUGACCACCUAUCACGCUUGCGAGUUCUUCCAGCGCGAGCUCACGCAGGUUGGCUACAUCGAGCUGAAGGAGAAGGAGAAUUGGAUUCCGAAACUCAAGGCAGGCGGUAAAUACUUCGUAACUAGGAACACUUCCAGCAUCAUUGCCUUUGCCAUUGGCGAGCAGUACUCUCCCGGAAAUGGAUUUGCUAUGAUUGCCUCACACAUCGAUGCCCUCUGCAUGAAGGUCAAGCCGGUGUCUCGUGCCAAUAAGGAUGGGUUCGAUCGCAUAGCCGUUGCUCCGUAUGCUGGUGGUGGCGCUGGCCAGUCCUUUGAUGGGAGCUUCUCAACCUGGUGGGACCGUGACCUUGGUCUAGGUGGUCGGGUGCUUAUAAAAGGUGCAGAUGGAAAGGUUGUACAGAGACUCGUCUGUCUGUCCAAGCCUGUUGCUCGCAUCCCUAGUUUGGCUGCCCACUUCGGUGAUCCAGCAAAAGGCCCAUUCAACUACGAGACCAACAUGGUUCCCUUGGUAGGCAUGACCUCUCCCGACGCCGAAGAGGUCGUUCCUACAACCAUGGGCAAACAACAUUCUUCUCGUCUUUUGAAGGCAGUGGCGAAAGAACUUGGCGUGUCUGUAGUGGACAUUGUGGAUUUCGACUUGGAGCUAUUCGAUAAAACGCCUUCCUGUCUGCUUGGUUUCGACUCCGAAUUCAUCUCUGCGCCUCGCAUUGACGACAAGCUCUGCUCGUUCGCUGCUAUAACUGGCUUGAUCAAUGCCACUUCAGAUUCCGCCUUUAUGGGGCAGAGUGGUAUUGUCAAUGUGGUUGGUUGCUUCGACAUGGAGGAAGUUGGGAGUGCACUCAGACAUGGAGCGAGGAGCAAUUUCAUGCAGACUGUCAUGGAGCGCAUUGUGGAAGCACAGGUGGGCGCUAAAGGCGAGGAUAUCACUCCGUAUACUGCUAACUUGUAUGGCACCACCGCGGCAAACUCAUUCAUGAUUUCAGCCGAUGUUACUCAUGCGUUCAAUCCCGACUUUGACGGCAUUUACUUGAACGGCGCCGCCCCGAUGCUUAACAUGGGAGUUGUUAUCGCCUGCGACCCGAAUGGGCACAUGACUACUGUUGCUCCUGCGAUUGCCUUUGCACGCACAGUUGCAGAACUUAGUGGAGUAGAAACCCAGCUCUUCCAGAUCAGAAAUGACUCCCGUUCCGGAGGUACCGUUGGUCCCAUGUUGUCAGAACGACUGGGUGUCCCAGCGAUCGAUCUUAGUCUCUGCCAGAUGUCAAUGCAUUCAAUCCGAGCGAUGACUGGAGCCAAGGAUCCUGGGUUUGGUGUGAAAUACCUCGAGGGGUUCUUCAGGCAUUACCAGACAGUUUCCGGGUUGGUGCAACAGGACUAUUAG